AUGAAGAUUGAAGACGUUGAAGUCAAAGACAAUGAAGAUACCAGCCUGUCUGUGAGGUACACUACUAAGAUGAUAGGUGAACAUGAACUCUCAAUAACAGCUUAUAAAACACAUGUACUUGGUUCACCUGUUAAGAUUAAUGUGAUUCCUAAAAAAGGGUUUUUACGUAAAUUUGGAGAAAAUGGUUUAGCAGUAGGGCAGCUACGUAAUCCACAUGGGGUAAUUAUAACCAGGAAUAGAAAUGUAUUGGUGUGUGAUACAGGAAAUAAUAGAUUACAAAUAUUCACAUUAGAUGGCAAUCAUCUAAAAUCAAUUAAAUUCACAAAUUUUGCCAAACCAUUCACUCCGCAUUAUUCAGCAAUAUCAGAUGAUGGUUACAUAUUCACUACAGAUCACAAUAACAAACAGGUUGUUGUGUGUGAUGAGAACGGGAAAUUGAUAAGAGUGUUUGGCAGUAAGGAAUUACAGUCCCCAUAUGGGGUUGCAAUUAGUCCGAUUAAUGGUAAUGUCUAUGUUACUGACUUUCGAUCUCAUUGUGUGAGAAUUUACAGUGAACUUGGGGUUUAUAUGACGUCAUUCGGGAGUAGUGGUACCGGGGAUUCCCAGUUCAAUAAGCCGUGGGAUAUUGCUAUUGGUAACACAGGUAAUAUUAUAGUGUCUGACUAUAGCAACAAUCGUAUCCAGGUGUUUGACAACAACUGCAGAUUAUUACAUGUAUUUGGGUGUCAAGGGAACAAGGAGGGGGAGAUGAAUGGCCCCAUGGGUGUAGCUACAGAUACAGAUGGAUGUGUGUAUAUAUGCGACUAUAGUAACAAAAGAGUUCAGAAAUUUGACCCACAAGGCAAGUUCAUUGCACGGAUUGACAACAUUGAAGAUGAUGUUAGUAGUCAUAGAGGAAUAUACGUCACUGAUGAUAAACCAUUUGGUAAAGUAGUCGUCAUAGAGUGGGGUCGGUGUUGUGUAAAAGAAGGUGACGACAGAACACAGUACAAGUCUGCUUUAGAUUUAACGGAAGAAAAGGGAUGGGAUGACCUGUACGAAUUGAUAGAAAGAACGUCAUUAGCAAACAAGACAGACACGGGUGAAUCGCUAUUAAUGCGAGAAAUACGACAUGGGCACAGGGAAAUGAGUGAAUUGUUGAUCAGUCAAGAAAUCGAUGUUGUAUAUGUGCUAGUUGUAAAAAUACUCCCAAAGGUGGAUAAAU